CAGUGGCUAUCUCUUUUCAACAUUCAAUAAGAAAGACUGCACUGGAAACCAAAUUAGUUUUGUUGGUUCUGCAUUCAGUAGAGGAAUUUAUGUUGUUUAUUGGUUUAUAAAUGCGCGCUUAAUUUUAUUUAAAUAUUUCGAAAUGGAUCCAAAUAAUAUGCUCUUCCGAUUGGAAGAGCUUACUGCUGAAAAAUUGUACGAGGAAUACGGCAUAAGCAAAGAACAACGUAUGAAAAAUCCGGGAUUGUAUAAAAUGUUCGUCGAAGAUUUUAUACCUACACGUGAAGAUCUCGAGCGUAAAAUUGAUGAAGAAAAGCUGAAAGAACUGUGUCUACGUUUACCAUGUCGCGUUUUAAUGCAUCGUUGGAAUCCUGUACAAGACUUUGUCAAUCAAUUCACACGUCAAGGACGCAUUCAACGUUGGACCAAAGAAAAAACACAAAAACUACUUGUAAAAGCGGUAAAUCGACAUAGAAAUGUGUGCUUAUACAGUGAUGAUGAAAUACGCAAAGAACGCGAGAGAGAAUGGUGUGAAAGAAAAAAAGAAAAUUUAAUGCUUUUAGAUGUUUGGGAAUACGACCGACAGCUGGAGUUGCAAAAUGAGCAAUCCGAAGAAGAACAACGCAGCAAUUGUAAUACUGAGAAUAACAAUACAACUGAAAGUGCAACCACUGCAGAUGACACCAAAGAAAAUGCACAAACUAAUGAAGUUGCUACAGCUUCAGCUAUACACAAUAUAGAGGCUGAAAUGGCGCAGUUGCAUGGUUCACCAGCACUACAAUCGACGCCUUCAGACAUGCAGACAACAACAAUAACACCUUCAGACCUGCAGACAACAACAAUAACACCUUCAGAUACUAUGCUUAUACCGCCACUUAGUCCAACUACAAAUUUAAAUCCAGCAGAUUACACAACCAACAAUAUUUUGCCACAAAGUCAAGUGCAACCUAUUUCGCUACCCAGCACGCAAAAUACCGAAGAGCUUGCUGGUAGAGAAUAUGUGGAAAUGGUGCAACAAAUUGGUGUUAAUGAACCACCUAGAUUAGAAGAUUUUAUUAAUGUUAAUACGGAGUCAAUGCCAUUAGAAGAUUCAACAACAAUUGGUUCAGAAGACGUAUUUGACGGUGAAUGCACGCCACCAUAUUAUGAAUUCAACACACAUGUUUCAAUGACAUCAACACAAUCGCCGACUGCUAAGUAAUUUGUUAUGUGUACCUAAUAUAUAUAAUGUUUAAGUUUGAAAUGAAUUAUUUUUAUGUUUGUGAAAUGGAAUGGACAAGAAAAACAACAAAAAAAUAAAAAUUUAAAUGUGCUUGUUUAAAAGUAAAGCUGUUAUGUUUUUGAAAGUGUGAAUUGCAAGCAGCGCUGCGUAUAGUACACAGAUUAUAUAUUUCACAUGUAGGCAGAAUAAAAACACAAUUUUGUAAACUUGUUCCGAAAAAGGUUAACUUUUAUUAAUACAUGAGUAUUACGGUUUGCUGCUCGUAAUUAAUAGUCGUGGGGAGGGGAAACAGCAUUUCUUUUUGUUAAACAAUAUGUAGCUGCAUAACGCAUAACAGAAUAAACGAAUUUCAUUUUAACUUAAAUUAUACAUUUUCUAUAGAUGUAUAUAAGCAUUCGCUAUUACAAUUAGUU